AUUUGUGGAAGUUGUUGUCAGUGGUCUGUUGUAUUUAAUCAUGGAAAUUCAGUUUGUGUCCGUACAUUACUACUUCGAUUUCCUUCUCCACAUGAACUCUUAUCAGAAAAUUGUCCAACUGUUCAUAUAGAAUGGUGCUGCUUACAAUACAGUAUAGAUAAAAUCAACAAAAACUGUGAAAUUGUCAAUAGUAGAGGAGCUUAUCAGUCAUCUUAUUCAAAUGAUGGUCAAAUCCUAGCUAUAGCAGUAAAUCAACGAAGUCCUGCUUAUUCUGCUAUGUUAUUUAUCUCCCCUUUAACUGAUACUUUAUUAGUUUCACAAUUACAUGGUUGUGGUCUGAAGCAACCUGAAACAAGACAUGGAAG